GUUGAACAAAACUACAUACAUCAUCUGUCUGUUACUUAAUAUGCGGUAAUUGACUGUCACGAAACUAUUGAUACAUACCAUACAUCCCACCAGACCAUUUUCUUUGUUCGUCACAAAUUCAGCUCGCGCAAAAACUUCUCUUUUUAAUCUUCAAAUUACCUUCGUCAAUGGAACAAGCAAAUAUAUUCGAGCUUCCAGACCCUGUAUCUAGGGAAGCAGGCGGCGAUGCCGAAAAGAGCAGUCACAUCACAACGUCAAGCCCGCCUGCUAAAUCUGCUCCAGCUGAGAAUUGGUUCGCAUGGUUACAAGUUCUUGGGGCAUUCUCCCUGAAUCUAAACACAUGGGGUCUCAUGAACGCUUUCGGCGUAUUCCAAACGUUCUAUCAACUUGACCUCCUCUCCUCAAAGAGCUCAGCAGACAUAUCAUGGAUCGGCUCAACCCAGUCCUUCCUGAUGUUUCUAGUUUCAGUAAUUGCUGGCCCAAUUGUCGAUGCAGGCCAUCUCAAAUCGCUGUUGGCGCUGGGAUCGUUGCUCACGAUACUUGGCAUGUUCAUGACCAGUCUAUGUAGUACGUACUGGCAGGUCCUUCUCGCUCAGGCUGUAACCAUGGGCUUGGGAUUUGGUUGUCUGUAUGUGCCGGCGCCGACGAUUGUGUCGCAGUACUUCCACGCCAGGACAGCGCUUGCGAUGGGUGCGUCUUCGGCUGGUAGUGCUCUUGGUGGCAUUAUAUAUCCCAUUAUCUUCACACAUCUCCAGCCCAGUAUUGGCUUCGGCUGGGCCACUCGAAUCAUUGCAUUCAUCAUAUUAGCAACACUAAUACCUCCCCUCGUCUUGAUGAAAGCCCGAUCUCCCCCAACAAGCAACUACAGACUACUAGACACAAGCGCAUUCAAAGACACGCCAUACAUUCUACUCAAUCUCGGGCUCGUAUUUGGCUUCAUGGGCUUCUACAUCAUCUUCUAUUACAUCCAACUAUACGCGCUUCAAGAAACCAGCAUAUCAAGCCUUGUCGCAAGCUAUCUUCUCGUCAUUAUCAAUGCCGGCUCUCUCCCAGGCCGCCUGAUCCCCGGCUACUAUGCAGAUAGAAUCGGUUCGAUCAACGUGCAAACAACGGUGGCGCUAGUGGGUGCUAUACUGACAUUCUGUCUGAUUGCGAACAAGAACUCCGCUGGGCUGAUUGUGUACAGCGUCCUGUACGGAUUUUCGGCUGGGGCGUUUAUGGGCCUUCCGGCUGCGGGGGUGGUGAAUCUGACUUCUGAUAAGAGCAGAAUUGGGACGCGUCUAGGGAUGACGCUGGCAUGUGUUGGAUGUGGUGUGCUCGUUAGUAGUCCGAUUGCUGGCGCUAUUCUGAAUGGGAAGGGAGGUUGGGUUGGGCUGGUUGUGUGGUGCGGGGUGUUGCUGACGGCGUCAUGCAUUGCUAUGGCAGCCAGUAGAGUCUGCAAGGUGGGAUGGAGAGCUGGAAGAGUUAUUUAGGUAAGUAAAUGGAAGUAAUGCCUAUAGGUAGAUAGAUGUUUACAUGCUAUAGGUAAUGAUCGGGUAGGGCUUAGGGCUGGGCUGCGGUCUGGUUGCAUGAUUCUUGACCUGUCAUAGAAUAUGAGUUCUAGAUUUUCCAGAGAACUUAGGUUUGAACAAGAAUCAUCGGAAGACCCAAUUAAACAUCUUUUCAACUCAGUUCUAUACCAUGUCCUUUUCAAGCCAUCGUAGAUUGUACCACUGCUCAAGUGCAAGAGUUUAGUUCUACCCAUGAGAGACUUAUCCGACCAUUUCCAUAACUAGAUACGUAUUGAAUGUUCUAAAACAACUUGAAAUAGAGAUAGAGUCAGUUGACC